AUGAUUAGUUGUGAAACUAGGAAGAUUUGUUCUGUUUCUGUAUCGGGACAGCUGGUUGCAGUAGUAGGACCUGUUGGAGGAGGAAAAGCCUCCCUACUAAAGGUCAUCUCCGGUGAGCUGCCUACUGUGACAGGAAAGGUCCACAGACUGGGUAGCCUCGCCUUCGCAUCAAAGGAGCCCUGGAUCUUCCCAGGCACAGUCAGAGACAACAUUGUCUUUGGUUCUGAGUUCCACCCGGAGCGGUACCGCAAAGUCGUCGCAGCAUGUGGGCUGGCAAAGGAUGUUAGGAGAUUGUCUGAGGGAGACCUGACUUUAGUAGGAGACAAAGGAGCAACCCUAAGCGGUGGACAGAAAGCUCGCAUCAACUUGGCCAGGGCUGCUUAUCAAAAGGCUGACAUCUACCUUCUGAAUGAUCCCUUCAGCGCCGUGGAUACCAUAGUGGGACAGCACAUCUUUAGCGAGUGCAUCUGUGGCGUCCUUGCAGAGAAGACUCGGGUCAUCAUUACUCACCAGCUCCAGCACAUCAAAGCAGCUGAUCUGAUCAUCGUCAUGAAGGAGGGACAGGUGUCUGCUGUUGGUUCAUACGAGGAACUACAAGCCGCAGACGUAGACCUGCUAUCUGCCAUGCCGGGAAAGAAAGAGGAAGUAAAGGCAGCAACAAGCCAAACGUCUGGCAGAACCAAUGCCAUGGGACUGUUUACGGCUUUCAAAGAGUCGGAAUUCUCUGAUAAGAAAGAGAAAGAAGAGGACAGAAAGGCCGGAUCUGUUACCUUACAAGUGUACCUGGACUACUUCCGGGCAGAAACAGUGCAGUUCAGCAACAAUGCGAUCAUCUACAACAGUACUUCCAACACCAGCAGUACCUACAACACAACCACCAACAGCAUAUCAGCAGUUUCAGUCCCAACUACAUCAUUCCUGCCCAUCUAUGUAGGGCUUGUAGGGGCGUUGAGCGUGCUCUCUGUUGUACGGGCAUUGCUGUUUUUUAAUGUAGCAGUGACGUCAGCAGAGCACCUGCACAACUCCAUGUUGAUGAGCAUCCUGCAGGCACCGAUGUCCUUCUUUGACUCUAACCCUGUCGGUCGGAUCCUGAAUCGUUUUUCAAAAGACAUAGGAAUAAUGGAUGAACUGCUGCCACAAGCUUUCUUUGAUUAUCUACAGCUGAUUCUAGUUGUUACGAGUGCCCUGCUGGUGUCUGCAGUAGUGAACCCCUGGGUGCUGAUACCAACAGUCCCCAUCACUGCAGCUUUCUUCCUCACCCGACAUUACUACCUGCAAACCUCGCGAGAUGUCAAGCGCCUUGAGGCCACAGCAAGAAGCCCGGUGUUCUCUCAUGUAUCCACCACCCUCAGCGGCCUGGCUACACUGCGUGUCAUGAAGAUGCAGGACUCUUUCUUGAAACAGUUUCAUGAGUGCUUGGACCACCACAGUUCGGGCUGGUUUCUCUUCAUCUCCUGUGCCCGGUGGUUCCAGAUCCGACUGGACUGGCUCUGUGCAGCCUUUGUCGCCACAGUUGCCUUUGGUGCAGUUUUGGCCUCAGACAGUGUGAGUGGAGGUCUGGUGGGCCUGUCCCUCACCCAGGCCAUCAUGCUGAUGGGCGUGUUCCAGUGGGUGGUCAAGCAGAGUGCAGAGGUGGAAAACCAGAUGACAUCAGUGGAACGUGUGGUGUCCUACACCCAUCUGGAGAAGGAACCUCCCAGAAUCCUUCACCCCCGUCCACCCUCCGACUGGCCCAGCCGGGGCAGGAUCCAUCUAAAUAACGUCACCAUGCGGUACGGCAAGGAACUGCCACCUGCCCUGAACAACGUGUCUGUCAGCAUCUCACCAGGAGAAAAGAUCGGUAUUGUCGGCCGUACCGGGGCGGGAAAGACAUCCCUGAUCAUGUCCCUGUUCCGAUUGGUGGAGUCUGACGGUACGACGGUGAUUGAUGGUCACGUGACAACAGAAGUCGGACUGAAGGACCUGCGCAGCCGCAUGACAGUCAUUCCACAGGAUCCUGUACUUUUUAAGAGCAGCCUUAGACAGAAUUUGGACCCUUUCUCCGAACACUCGGACACAGAGUUGUGGGCAGCACUGGAGGAGGUUCAGCUGAAACAAGUAGUGGAGAAACUGCCCGAGGGACUGGACACGGGGCUUGUCGAAUUUGGUGCUAACUUUAGUCUGGGCCAGCGACAACUCCUCUGUCUGGGAAGGGCUAUCCUGAAGAAGAGUCGCAUUGUCGUGUUGGACGAGGCCACUGCUAACGUGGACCCACAGACAGAUGGGCUGAUCCUGAGAAUGAUUGAGGAGAAGUUUGCAGACUGCACGGUUCUGACCAUCGCCCACAGGCUCCACUCAAUCAUCGACUGUGACAAAGUCAUGGUUCUACAGGAUGGCGGAAUUGUUGAGUUUGACGAGCCGUCCGUGCUACUUUGUCAAGAAGGCAGCGUCUUCAGAAGCAUGGUGGGAGACUCGGGCCGCUUUAACAACACAAUGACGCCUGUUGGGGAUUGAUGAAUUUGUAGUUUUAAAAGUAAAGUAAGGCCACACCAUUUCAUCCAUUGUUUUUUCAUGAAAUAGCAUUUUAAAAAUUCACUAUUAUCCGUUACAUUUAAAAAUGCACUAUUAUCCCUUACAUUUAAAAAUGGUGGCGUUUGAUAAUUUUUAGUGUCGUACGUUUUGGAUGUCAGAGGUACAGCUCUUACAGUAACCCAGCAUUAGCCGGCGUUCCACGUGUCGAAAUACUAAAGAAGUAUGGAAGGCACCACUUCUAUAUUACAGUUUCACGUUAAGAUAUUUCAACUUGAUACGGUUUUGAGGGACAAAAUGUAUUUAGGU